GCCUGGCCGUGGGCGGAGCCUAGGUAGGGCGGGCACUUGAGACGCUCAUUCCUGGCUCUGUCCAUUGGUCGUCCGUGAGGUCACGGGGGUGGGGGCGGGGCCGAGGCAGGCUCCGGUCCCUCCCCAGCUCGGAACCCAGUCCCGAUUGCAUCCCCCACCCCCAGCUGCACAGACGUGACACUGACACACAGUCACUGCAGCUGCUUAGCGAGCCGGACGCUUUAAGCACGCGGCGGCCGCAGGACUAGCCCGGAGCUCGAACCCCAGCGCCCGCCAGCGCGCUCCCACGCGGGUCCCCGCACAGAGGUUCCCGCUCGGCCGCGCGCGGGAAGCGGGGAUCGCGCGCCCUCCGCUCGCGGCUCCAGGCUACCCACGGCGGCUGCAGCCGACGCGCGGUUCCAAACCCGAGCGCUCCGGGAAGCCGGCUCGUCUCGGAGGCGUCGGCGUCGGCGGUGGGGGCCGCCCGUCCGGGUUCCCCGCACCCACAGUGCUGCGUCCCGCUUGCCGCGCCCCGGCGACUCUGACCUUCCAAGGGUCGCCUACCUCGGCCCCAAGUCCCCGGUCCCGCGCCCCACUCCAGGGCGAGGCCCGCUCCAGCUCCCGCUUCCCGUGCACUCGCGGGCCGGCGCGCAGGCCCGGGUGGGGGGAGGGUCACUGGGACCAGCUACCGCCGGUCCCUGUGCACGCUCGCUGCUCUCGCCACCAGGGCCGGCUGAGCAGCUCCCGGCCUGGUCGCUGUUCCCGAGCCGGGGCGCUGGUGCCGGGGCGCGGCCGCACUCACUCGCCUCGCCGGAGGGUUGUGGGCAGGCCCUGCCUUGAAGGGGCUAAGCGGCUAGGUGGAGCCGGUAGGGUGUCCGCUCCUCGUUUCUUCCCGGCGCUGGUUCCCGCGGGACCCAACCCUGGGCCGCCCCAGGCCCCUGCCCACGCGAGACGCUCCCGGCUUGGAAGAGUCUUUUUGGCGAGACACAGCUCCCGACAGCAGCCCAGGAGGAGGAGAAAGAAGGGACAGUGCUCUGUCGCCGCUACCCGGACCUUUCCUGUGGUAUUUGGAGCCUAAGGCUGUCCCGAAGUCUACACUUGGCACCGACCGUCGGGUUAAAACGGCACCUGCUGGGAUACCGACCCGGACCCCCUACAUUUCUUAGGCGUCAGUGUCACCAAGCUUUCCAGUGUCAGCUCUUCCGGACUGUUCUUUUUCCUGGGUAGUCAAGGCCAAGGGAACGGGAUCAUAGCAUUGUAGCAGAGACUGCUUGGCAUCACUCUGGAACUGCAGGGGAAGAAAGUCCUGUACCCUCUACCUAGCUGUGUGAGUUUGGAAAGUAUUAUGAGGGAUACUGAGGACUUCAUGCUUUGGACAGAGACAAGGUGCUGAAAUUAGAAAUUGCCACUUCUGAGAGGAUGCUGGGAAUUUGCAGAGGGAGACGGAAAUUUUUGGCUGCCUCUUUGACUCUGCUCUGUAUCCCAGCCAUCACCUGGAUUUACUUAUUUGCUGGGAGCUUUGAAGCUCUCAAUUUGAUUAUUUCCUGCAGUGAAGUUCUCUUGGAUGGGAAGCCCGUGUCUCUGUCUCCCCUGGAGUCCCAAGCCCACAGUCCCAGGUACACUGCCUCAAGUCAGCGGGAGCGGGAGAGCCUGGAGGUUCGUGUCCGAGAGGUGGAGGAGGAAAACCGUUCACUGCGCAGGCAGCUCAGCCUGGCCCAGGGUCAGGGCCCUGCUCAACGCCGUGGGAACCACUCCAAGACCUACUCCAUGGAAGAGGGAACAGGUGACAGUGAGAACCUGCGGGCUGGCAUCGUGGCAGGCAACAGCUCUGAGUGUGGACAGCAGCCAGUCGUGGAGAAGUGUGAGACUAUCCAUGUGGCUAUUGUCUGUGCAGGAUACAAUGCUAGCAGAGAUGUUGUCACCUUGGUCAAGUCGGUCCUCUUUCACAGGCGGAACCCUCUGCAUUUCCACCUCAUUGCUGAUUCUAUUGCAGAGCAGAUCCUGGCUACGCUCUUCCAAACCUGGAUGGUACCUGCAGUGCGUGUGGACUUCUAUAAUGCUGAUGAGCUCAAGUCUGAAGUGUCCUGGAUCCCCAACAAACAUUACUCUGGGAUUUAUGGCCUGAUGAAGCUGGUUCUGACCAAGACUCUACCUGCCAACCUGGAGAGAGUCAUUGUCCUAGACACUGACAUUACCUUUGCAACUGACAUUGCAGAGCUAUGGGCCGUGUUCCAUAAGUUCAAAGGCCAACAGGUCCUGGGCUUGGUAGAGAACCAGAGUGACUGGUAUCUUGGAAAUCUCUGGAAAAAUCACCGUCCAUGGCCAGCCCUUGGAAGGGGCUACAACACAGGAGUCAUACUAUUGCUUCUGGAUAAGCUGCGCAAGAUGAAAUGGGAACAGAUGUGGAGGCUGACAGCAGAGAGGGAACUCAUGGGCAUGCUGUCUACCUCUUUGGCUGACCAGGAUAUUUUCAAUGCUGUCAUCAAACAAAACCCCUUCCUGGUGUAUCAGCUCCCCUGCUUCUGGAAUGUACAGCUGUCAGACCACACUCGCUCUGAGCAGUGCUACAGAGAUGUGUCUGAUCUAAAGGUUAUCCACUGGAACUCCCCCAAGAAGCUCCGUGUGAAGAACAAACACGUGGAAUUCUUCCGUAACCUCUACCUGACCUUUCUUGAGUAUGAUGGCAACCUCCUGCGGAGGGAGCUCUUUGGCUGCCCCAGCGAAACUGCUGUCAACAGUGAAAAUCUUCAGAAGCAGCUGUCAGAGCUGGAUGAGGAUGACUUGUGUUAUGAAUUCCGGCGAGAACGCUUCACUGUUCACCGAACCCACCUGUACUUCCUGCACUAUGAGUUCGAGCCUGCUGCUGACAAUACAGAUGUUACCCUGGUAGCUCAGCUCUCCAUGGACAGACUCCAGAUGCUAGAGGCCAUCUGUAAGCACUGGGAGGGGCCCAUCAGCCUGGCCCUCUACCUGUCUGAUGCUGAAGCCCAGCAGUUCCUCCGCUAUGCCCAGGGAUCCGAGGUGCUCAUGAGCCGCCACAAUGUGGGCUACCACAUCGUGUAUAAGGAGGGUCAGUUCUAUCCUGUCAACCUCUUGCGCAAUGUGGCUAUGAAGCACAUCAGCACACCCUACGUGUUCUUAUCUGACAUUGACUUCCUGCCCAUGUAUGGGCUCUAUGAGUACCUCAGGAAGUCUGUUAUCCAGCUUGACCUUGCCAACACGAAGAAAGCGAUGAUUGUCCCCGCAUUCGAGACACUGCGAUACCGACUCUCUUUCCCUAAGUCAAAAGCAGAGCUUCUGUCAAUGUUGGACAUGGGGACCCUAUUUACAUUCAGGUAUCACGUUUGGACUAAAGGCCAUGCACCCACAAACUUUGCCAAGUGGCGGACUGCCACCAUGCCUUAUCGGGUUGAGUGGGAGGCUGAUUUUGAGCCGUAUGUUGUUGUGAGACGAGACUGCCCUGAGUACGAUCGAAGAUUUGUGGGCUUUGGCUGGAACAAAGUGGCUCACAUCAUGGAACUGGAUGCACAGGAGUACGAGUUCAUCGUGUUGCCCAAUGCCUACAUGAUCCACAUGCCCCAUGCCCCCAGUUUCGACAUCACUAAGUUCCGUUCCAACAAGCAAUACCGCAUAUGUCUCAAAACCCUGAAGGAAGAGUUUCAACAAGACAUGUCCCGACGCUAUGGCUUUGCUGCCCUGAAAUAUCUCACUGCAGAGAACAACAGCUAGCACUAUGAAGACCACCGCUAGGGAGAGACAUACCACUGAGGAAGAGCCACUUGCUGCCUGGGGCCCAGCAUUGAAGACAAACUCUACCACUGUUUUCUUUGGUUUGUUUUCCUUUGUCUCUUUGGCCCCUCAAAGCUGUUCUUUUCUAAGAUCUUGGACAGCAACCCAGUCCACCACCAUGAGGUGCUUCCAGAAUGGGACAUGGAAGUGUGGAAGCAAACAAAGAGUAAACAACUUACCACAAAAUCACAGACCAAGUCAGGAUUUCUCGAUGCUCUAAUUGCUUUUUAAUAAUUAUGGUUCAAAUCCUAGCUGUGGAGUAAGAAGUGGGCUAUUCUACUUCAUGCCAAGAAAGAGGAGCAAACUACUUCUUCCUAGGAAGGGAACUUUAUUUCCCCUGCCACCUAGCCAGGUACCCAAGUGGAGAGCAAGUCAAGGAUCCCAACUACCAUCUGGAGACCAGCAUAGGGACAUUAUAUAUGUAGGGUCCUGGAAGUAGAAUGAAUUGAUUCUUUAUUCUCAAAGUCUCUCUUGUUUUGAUUUGUUUGAAUUUGGGAGAUACUAUUCAUUUUGAUUUAGGAUUCCAAGCUAAAAUAAUUACCUAAUCGUUAAAGCUCUAAAAGAAAAAUCAGCUCCCCCAGUCAGCAGUGGCUGGGCAAAGAUGAGCCUCCUCAGAGAAUGUUCACACAUGGACAGCUUCCUUCAGAAUGAACACUGAGAUCCCCUGAUGCUGAGUUCCUACUCUCAAGACCCAGGGUUAUGACAGGAACUACAGAAAAAUGAAGCCAACACUAUAUGCAAGUCACAUUCUUCUAUGGACAGUAACUGAGCGCACAAGGAAAGGUCUUCAAGGAACUACUUCAGUACUCACAGGCCUUUAGAAGAACUUAAUAGUUCUUCCGCUCUCAGGCCUUUAGAAGAACUUAAUAGUUCACAGUAACCCAGUCCGAAGACUUAUGUGACCACAUGGAAGCCACUGGAAGAAAGAGGUCAGGCACUUCCAGAAAAGGGUCAGGCACUUCCCUUUUGGAAGCACAGGAGUUAGUAACCUUAGUUUCCCUCAGGACUUGUUCUGGGGUUGGUAAGCACCUCUUCACUUCACAGAUGGAGGAAACACUGAACUUUUUACUCAUUUCCUUUACUCUUCACUAUUAAUGUUGUGUUUCCAUUGAUGAGAACAAGAGUUAAUGGCCUACCCAUUGCUGGACUGUUUGUAUUGAGUUGCCAUGUGACUAGUGAAAGCUGCAUUCAAUAAACAAAAGUAUGGAC